CUUCCCGCUGCCAACCUGCCAACCCGCCAACCUGCCAACCUCCAAACUAAGGAACUACUAACUUUCCCAUUCACCACAACACAUCGUGAGCUCUAACGAGUAAUACCACUGAUCACCAUCAAGAUCAGAUUAUGCCGUUCAACUUCUCCUUUUCCAGCUCCGCCUCGGCAGUCGUCGUGGGCUCAGGUUCGGUCAACGGUCACGGCGCGACUAAGGGAUGGGCUUACAAGCACGAGGCCUACUCGAACGACAACGGCUCUGGCGUGCGGACGACCAAGCAGAGGCUAGGCGAGGCUCCCGCCACACAGACCAAGGUGUACGACGCUCGAGGCCGGCCGCUUCUCAUCGAUCACGCCAACAGGGCGAACAGGCGCACAGACCUUGACAGCGUCAGGGGCAUCGAGGAUGUCACAGAGGAUUGCUCUUCAACAAUCCCGGAGAAUUCAUGGAAGAACUAGCCGAACCACCCUCCACUGGGAUACGAGAAGAGACCGGUCGACUUAUAUGAGCGCCGGAGGUGGGAGGCCGGUGCUGGGUUGGAACUUGGGGUAUAGUAACUGGGGAGUCAGAUUCAUACAAAUAUCACACACAAGACAAGGUAACCAGAGAAUGAGGGACAGUAUUAAUUUGUCUAUCAGUUGCCAGGACAUCAUGUAUCAUAGAGCUCGUUGACAUUGCCAACUCGGCUUCCAUGAUGUGACAUCAUCGGGCGUGUGAUGUCCCGUGAUGCCCGCCAUGUCUAUCCGGCACAACACUCUCGACCGGUGCGGCCUUGAUGCGGACUCCAUCCUCCGAGAUGCUGUUGUCAGCGUUGCCAACUCCGUC